AGUGUCGUCAAUAAAUGGAGUCCGCCUACAGUUGUCCGUGUCUUAUGCUCUUUAAGCAGCUCUCUAGAAACCACAAAAUCAAAAUGUCUUCCAAGGUCAACACCCUCUGCCUCAUCAUCGUCGCCCUCCUCUUCUUUUUCACUCUCACCUCCGCCGCCAGGCCUCAUCCAGCAUUUCCCGAUGCUUCUCUGACCAAAAAUCUUCAUGGGGAAGUGGAAGUGGAGGCAGAGAAGGUUGAGGAGAGCUGUGAGGGAGUUGGAGAAGAAGAGUGUUUGAUGAGAAGAACACUUGCAGCUCAUAUUGAUUAUAUCUACACUCAGAAGACCAAGCCAUGAAAUUAAUCUUUUACUUUCUUCUCAUUAAUUCAUGUGCUAUAUAUAUAUGUUCUUUUGUUGAUUAUUUAAUCUGGGGGAUUUUGUUUCCUUUGUAUUUUUGAUAGAUUAAAUUAAGUACAGCUCUGAGUUUAAUUUUCCUAUACCAGUGUAAAAUAUAGUGUAGUUUUUUUAAUGGAUUUUUACGUUUCCAGUUUCUUAA